UGAUUUUAAUUAACAGCAGAAAAAUUCAUUAUCUUAAGUGAUAAAUGAGAAUUAUAGAAGAAUAAAUGUUGAAACUGAUAUAAUCAAACUGUAUUUCUAUCUAAAAGGAAUAUUCUUGAUCCCUAUUCUGAUCCAUGGCUAAGAAUUCUCCAUAGCAUCAGCUCCUAAGCUGUUUUAUAUAUAAAGUUGACGCCUUUAGUCACAUCCUGACUUGUCUAGAGAAACCCAUAACUGGGUGACAAGGUGAAAGGAAGUUGGAACUUGAAAGACAGGCUUUAGAGAGAAGUUGAGCCAAUAUCAUGGCUUUGAAAUCAAAUGCAGGUUAUGUUGCAAUCGUAUUGCUAUCUCUUGUGCUUGUAUGCAAUGCAAGGCCAAUCUAUCCUCUACCCAGUAAAAUAGGCCAUAGUCAUAGACAGCCUUUGCAGACUUUUCGUCCAUUUAAUAUUGCACAUCGAGGAUCAAAUGGAGAGCUUCCUGAAGAAACUGCUCCUGCAUACAUGAGAGCCAUUGAAGAAGGGACAGAUUUUAUAGAAACAGAUAUUCUAUCCUCCAAGGAUGGUGUUCUUAUAUGCUUCCACGAUGUUAACCUUGAUGACACAACUGACAUUGCGGAACAUAAGGAGUUUGCAGAUCGUAAAAGGACUUAUGAGGUUCAAGGAGAAAACAUCACUGGCUUUUUCACAGUUGAUUUUACUCUCAAAGAACUGAAGACAUUGAGAACGAAGCAGAGAUAUGCAUUCCGGGAUCAACAGUAUAAUGGAAAAUUUCCCAUAAUUACAUUUGAAGAAUACAUAUCAAUUGCACUGGAUGCACCAAGAGUUGUUGGAAUAUACCCAGAGAUCAAAAAUCCUGUAUUUAUCAAUCAGCAUGUAAAAUGGCCUGGCGGUAAGCGAUUUGAAGACAAGUUUGUUGAGAUACUACAAAAGUAUGGAUAUGAAGGUUCAUAUAUGUCAAAAGAGUGGCUGAAACAACCCAUCUUUAUCCAGUCCUUUGCACCAACAUCACUCGUGUAUAUAUCAAAUUUGACAGACUUACCCAAAGUCUUCUUGAUUGAUGAUGUUACCAUUCCGACCCAGGACACUAAUCAGUCAUAUUGGGAAAUCACUUCUGAUGCUUAUCUAGACUACAUUAAGGAAUAUGUGGUAGGCAUUGGACCCUGGAAGGAUACAAUUGUUCCUGUAGUUAGUAAUUAUUUGCAAACACCUACAGAUCUUGUUGCCAGAGCACAUGCCCGUGAUCUACAGGUGCAUCCAUACACAUACCGCAAUGAGGCUAAGUUCUUACACUUCGACUUUCAUCAAGACCCAUAUGCAGAAUAUGAUUACUGGCUUAACAAGAUAGGAGUUGAUGGCCUCUUUACAGAUUUCACUGGGAGUCUGCAUAAUUUUCAGGAGUGGACAUCACCUGAAGAUGACAACACUAAAUCCAAACUUUUGCAUAAAAUAGCAUCACUGAUCUCUUCAUAUAAAAACUGAUGAGAUGAACUGAUUUUAUUUGUCAUCUUUAGGGUCAAUUUCUCCGAGCUACAUUAUUUAUUCAUUAAAUAUAGUUUCAGGCUUCUCCUGUCACUCCAGCUGAGAAUAAUUUAUUUAGUUCGAUGAGGUUAUCCUAUGCAAAGUGUUUUUAUUUUGCUUGCGUUUUGCCUGUUUCGGUAUUUACUUAUUAUCUAGCAAAUUUAAUCACCGAUACUGAAA